AUGGCAGAAGGACAAAAAGACCGACAUGCUCCACCACCACGUCCCCCUCCGCCACAAGUCUCUGGAGCACUGUCUUCACAAACUCUGCAGUCAACUCUGGAAAUGGCACCUCACACUUGGUCAUUCAGAGACCUUCAGAAAGUCCAUGACAUGGCAUAUAGACUUGUGGACGCUGGCCUGCAGGCAGACGAGUUAAGUGAUUUGCCUACUGCCAUAGCCAAUUACACUGAGGGACUUCAUUUGCUGGACAAGGCUCUGAGAGUCAACUGUGAAAAGUUGUCUCGUUGCUCAGUGGAACAGAUAGAGCAGGCUAAACAAAUACAGCAGAAAAUGAACAAGACAAGGCAGCAGAUUGCUUUCAGGCUGCAGGAAAUUCAGGCUGUUCAGCCAGAACAAACCAAUGGAGGUUAUCAGGCCUCAGUUGAACCCAUGUCACCACCAUCAUAUGAAGACGCAAUCAGUGAGCCACCCAGCCUUCCUCCUUCCUAUGAAGAUGACGAACUGACAGCUCUGGGAGAGAGCCUCAUGAGGAGAGAAAUCAGCAGUGGUCACCUGGCCAAUGCUGAAGAGUUGUUUAACGUUCCGGAUGGUGUACAGAUAUUCUACAUUACUGCCGAGGGUUACGUGAGUGCCCCAACCUACCCCACAUCCCUUCAUGUGAUUAAACUGAUGAAUGAGCCGCAGACACAAGGGCCCAAUGGUGAAGAAGCUCCAGUGUUCUUACAUGUGGGUGACUGGAUGUAUCCGUUGAUUCCAGGUGUCUCACCAGCGUUGCACACAAACUACGGAGCAUACCUGUUCCCUGAUGUGACAGUUGAUCGGCCAGGGGCAGCUGUGGGGCUACUAAUGCCAGACACGUUGUCACCAGAGGAGAGGGAGAGAUUUGAGGACAUUGUCAGGUCUUCCACUCUGUACGGGGAACAGUCCCCAGACACUAGCCCUUCUCCUAGCUCUUCCACAGGACCAGCAUUGACCAGAGAACAGACUGAGGGACAAGAAGUAGAGGAGGGCGAGAAGGAGCCCUUGGACACAGCUGGGAAAAUCUCCAAGGGUAUACUUGUCGCUGCUGAAUGGAUUGCCUGGGGUGUUGAGAAGGGAGCAGAAAAGGCUGGGCAGCUGAUCAGAAAGGGGUCAGAAAAGUUCCAGGAGAGGUACAGACCAGCAGAUCAUGAGCAUAAGAUUGACCCAAAAGUGCAGAAAGGUGUCAUGUAUGCCAGGGAAGCCACUCAAGGAGCUGUGAAAGUUACUGGCUACAUAGUGAACAAACUAGGAGAGGUGACAGUGGCUGUUGCAAAACAAUUGGCUCCUCAUCUCAGAAAGCACGGGCAGAAAAUUCUUCCCAAGUCCGUGUACAACAAGAACUCUCAAGGCAAGUCUACUGUUGACGGAGUCGUGGAGGUGGCAUUCAGUGGACUCAAAGGAUUUAGCACAGUCUAUCUGGGUCUGGAAUCUGCCGCCAAGGCUCUGGGUAGAUGUUUAGCAGAUGAGACGGUUCACAUUGUCAAACGCAAGUAUGGUGAAGAGGCCGGCCACUUCACGGAGAACACGGUGUACACAGCAGGAAACAUGCUCAUGACAGCCCACAAUAUCCACAGCUUGGGUCCCAAGGCCGUGGCCAAACGAGCUGCCAAGGAAACAGGCAAGGCUGUUCUCACAGAUUAUCAUCAAGCCAAGGCUGGGUCUAACGUUGACAUUGGGAGGAAGGACAGUUCUAGUGUGGAUUUCAAUGACAAGAAGCAGCCACCUGGACAUAGUGAUAAAAAGUAG